AUGUCGGAGAUGACUGCUGCAGUUUCGCCUUCUUUCAAGCCUACAAGGCCUCCGUCGGAGUCAGCGUCAACGAUAGAUGCUCAUCGCCGGCCUAAAACACGAGAUGUUGCUUCACGAUACCUCACCACCUCCUCUUUUUCGUCUUCUUCUCUCUUCCAAUCAUCACCUUCACCGUCGUCCUCGGCCAAGAGAUGUCAAUCGCCGAUCGUUACCAGGACGAAUCGACCGGCGACUCCUUCCGCUACUCAUCGGACGCAAUCAACAGGUCGGAGGGAGUUGGUUACGCCACGCCGUGACUCGUUAGAUCGACGAGGUGGUGGAGAAGUUUCUUCAGCGCAGCGAAUGUUGUUGACUUCUGGGAGAGGUUUGUUUGCGACGUUUCAGGCGGACUCAUUCACACCGCUUGACUACAACAGAUCGAAGAUAAACUCAUCGCCGACUGUUUCUGGGAGGAAGACGACUUCGACGGCAACACCUAGGAGUGGUGGUGCUCACCAAGAGAAGUCGAAGCUUUCUGAGCAAUGGCCUAGGUCACUGCAACCUAGUUCUAUGAGUAGAAGCGUAGACUUCACCGAUACUAGGAAGAAACCGAGCGGAUCUAUCAAUGGUGUAGCUAGAGCUCUACAGAAUUCCAUGGUAAGUAAUAGACCAGUUUCUCGUGGAAGGAUAAAGGCAGAUUCAUCUAGUGUAGAUUCUUCCAAAGCUGGAUCCUGUUCUCAUAUAUCAGAUACAGAGAGCGUUUCUUCUGUAAGCUCAAACGAAAGAGGGAAAAAGUUACCAGCUCGUGGCAUUGUAGUUAAUGCAAGAUUUUCGCAAUUGCCAAGUAAUCGAUCGCAGCAUCACAAUGUCGAGCCUGCCUCACCUGUUGCCAAGCUUAAUGGACUGAGGACAUUAGAAUCUCCAAAGCUCAUUGUUGUACCGAGGAAGAACUCUGUGGAUAGUCCUGUAUUGUCCCCCAAAGGAGUUGCCACAACGAGAAGUCAGUUGUUUCCAAAGCGUGAGCAGAUUCGACCUGCUUCACCUAGCAAUUAUGGUAUAAAUGCGUCUGCUUCUAGUCCGAGAGGAACGAGCAUUGCUAGGGGAAUAAGUCCUUCGAGAGGCGUGAUUCCUUCAAGAGGGAUUAGUCCUUCUUCAGGCAGGAUGAGUCCAAUAAGAAUGAGAACCUCGCUGAGUAGUAAUAGCACGCCUUUGGUUCUGAAUUUUGCUGUAGAUGCUAAAAAAGACAAGAUCAGAGAGAAUGGGCUUGCUGAUGCUCACUUGUUGAGGCUCUUUCACAAUAGGUUGCUUAAGUGGCGUUUUGUUAAUGCACGAGCAAAUGCUGUUAUCUCUGCGCAAAAUAUUAGAGUGGAGAGAAGCCUGUACAAUGCAUGGAUAAGUAUCUCUAAACUGUAUGAUUCUGCCAGAGUGAAAAGAAUUGAAAUGCAGCACCUGAAGCAGAAUAUGAAACUGAUUUCUAUUCUCAAUAGGCAGAUGGUACAUCUAGAAGAGUGGGCUCUUGUGGAACGGGAUUAUAUGGGUUCUUUAGUAGGAGCUGCUGAAGCAUUGAAAGGCAGCACGCUUUUUCUACCUCUUGAUUGCGGGGCAAUGGUAAAUGUAGAAAGUGUUAAAGAUGCCAUUUGUUCAGCAGUUGAUGUUAUGCAGGCAAUGGCAUGUUCCAUAUGCUUGUUGCUUCCAAAGGUUGUGAGAAUAAGUUGCUUGGCAGCAGAACUUGGCCAUGUGAAUGUCAAGGAGCAAGGGAUGCUCGACUUGUGCAGGGACCUCCUAAACACAAUCUCAGCUCUGCAGGUAACAGAAUGCAGUUUGAGAACACAGGCUUUACAGCUACAAUAUCAGUCGCCAGAGUUAUCUAACAACCCGUAA